ACGAUGUGAUACUGUCACAAGCUUUCUUUUCAUCGUCAAAGCCGCGAGUUCGGUGUGAAAGAAUUAAAACAAAAACACAAUUUAUAGAACAAGCUGGAACUUCUCUUUAAGCUGGUAUAAAAAAUCGGUUAAUUGCACAAUCAAAUAAUAAAUCAAAUCGUUUUGAAGUGAACGCCCAAUUUGUGCUGAGGUGAACCACUAUGCCGUUGAAAAAUACAAAAAAGGAAACCAGUGCGAAGAUCGCUAAAACCUUUGCUCGGUUUUUUGAAAAUUCUAAUUACUCACGCCGGGUACAAUGGCUUCAAAGAAACGAGGAUGAUGACCCCAUCGAGACGGAAAAGAAUAUUUCGAGAAGUAUUGCCGUCCAUGACGAAACUGCAGAAAACGCAAGGUCGCCACUAGAAACAACCGAAAAGGUGAAAAAAUUCAACUGUCGAAAGCGGAGUCGCACAACUGUGGUGGAAAAUCCGCAUCUGUUGAGGUUCACACGUUCUACAUACAAACUGCUGAGCGCCGCCAAAACAAUUGAGGAGGCGACAGAUGCAAAAACAGUACGAGUUUUGAAAGAAAACAAGGAUUUACCUGCUUCCGUUGAUGCAAAAACCGUGCUAGUUUUGAAAGAAAACAAGGAUUUACUUGAUUCGGUUGAUGCAAAAACAGUGCGAGUUUUGAAAGAAAACAAGGAUUUACCUGCUUCCGUUGAUGAAACGGAAGAAUGGCCGCCUGACGUCAAUAAGCCUGAUUUUGUACAGUCCGACAAUGGUUCCCUUGGACUGCAAGAACAAGAUGAUGCAACAAGCCAAAAGUGUUCUCAUCUCAUCGCUGAUGCCAAUAAAACAAACUUAACAAACGAUGAUAGUUGUGUUGGCAUUGAUGACAUUGACGCGGCAAGCACUGUAAGUGGACAAUUGAGGAGAUUCAUUACGUUCUACGACCGACAAGGCUCGAAAUUAUCCAUCGAUGAAGAAAAGGAACUCGAAGACCUUAUCGGGAAGCCAGCGAACGGAAACGAUUUACAAGCAGCAGAUGAACUUGAUGCAUCCAACAAUUGCCAGCAAAUGUCGACGGAACCUAUCAACAAUCAAUGCACAUACGACCGAUCUUUCGAUGUUUUGCCAGAUGCUCAUAAUCCGAUGGUGCUUCAUGUUUGUCCGAAAAUACCGGGAGACAGAUACAAUCGACGAAUGAUCAGACUUCGUAAUCAAUCUUCGGUGUUUUACGAUGGUCCGGAACUCAAACGCUGCGCCGUUACAAUAAAAGAUUUUCGAUUGGAAAACAUCGAAUUCUCUGCUGCGAAGCCACAAAAUGUGAAGCGGUUAAGGAAGCCGAAAAACAAUUACUUUAGACAACCGAGACGACAAUCCACUGUGAACAGAACGAAAAGAAGAGCAUCGAAACGUAAAAUCGGUGCACAGAUUGAGAUCGAAAAAUUGGCACAGCGCUCUUCACUCUGGAGUGCAAUACAGGAAGCUUAUCUGAAAGAAGACGUUCCGGAAGCGACACACAAAAUUGCGGAUGCGACACACGAAAUUCCGGAAGCGACACACGACAUUCCGAAGAAUGCACAAGAAAUUGCGGAUGCGAUACAGGAAAUUCCGCCAUUCGCACCAGUGAAUCCGACUGAAAAACAGGCGAUUUCAAUCGAAGAAAAAAAUGUGUCAAUCAACGAAUGGCUUGAGCUUUCAUCGCUAAUACAGCCGGACAACAAUGUGCACGUGAAUGAGUUUCUGCAGUACGCAAGUCCGAUAUUGUCAGACAUUGAAGACGAAGCAUAUAAACUGUCCACAUUUUUGGAUUUCACAUCAAAUGUUCGGACGGCUCAGCAAAUUUAUGACAAAGAACCGGCGAACACUGUGGCCAAUACAACAGACGAAGUUUGUGAACCACCGGACUUGUCAAUGAAACGGAUUACACCAGCAUCGACCGAUACCGGAUUCUGCGAUGUAAGCUUUUCGUUGGACAUUACCUCACCAUACAGUUCCACUCCGAAGCAAACGCCGGCGAGUCACGUUGACACCGAUGUUCGGGACGUGUACAACAACUUUUGUACUGAUAACUAUCGUUCUGGAGGAACAGCUGUAGACCACACUCCAUCCGCUUCACAAAUCGUUGAUUCAGCGAUUCCGCUGAGUAUGACUACACAGACGACCGACAAACAGCAUUGUGUUGCUGAGCCGAUGGUCGAAGUGACGCCAGUCGCGUUACCAGUGAUAAUCCCUCCAGAAACGAAAGCCCCUCAAGAAGUUAUGGUCUCACAACGCAUUGUAACAACAAAUUGGAAUUUCGAUAAUUAUUCAACCGACUUGGACUAUGAGCCGUCAGAUGAGGACGACGAGGAUGAUAAGCUCUCCAAUACGUCGUCACAUCAAACCACUCCAUUUGCUUCACAAACCGUUGAUUCAGCGAUUCCACUGAGUAUGACUACUACACAGACGACCGACAAACAGCAUUGUGUUGCUGAGCCGAUGGUCGAAGUGACGCCAGACGUACCAGUCACGUUACCAGUGAUAAUCCCUCCAGAAACGAAAGCCUCUCAAGAAGUGAUGGUCCCACAACGCACUGUAACAUCUACGAAUUGGAAUUUCGAUAAUUAUUCAACCGACUUGGACUAUGAGCCGUCAGAAGAUGAGGACGACGAGGAUGAUAAGCUCUCCAAUACAUCGUCACAUCAAACAGAAAGCAUCACUCCAUCAGUCGACACAGACAUCGCUCGACCAAUUGAUGUCAUUUCACUAACCGACACUGAUAUCGGUUCACCAAUUGACCCUGACAUCAUUCCACCAGGCGACAAAAGAAUCGUUCCACUAGUCGGCACAGACAUUAUUUCCGCAGUGGACAUCACUCCCAUAGUAGACAUCACUCGUUCAGUAUACAUCUCUUCCGCGGUAGACGUCACUCCCGCAGUAGACAUCACUCGUUCAGUAUACAUCUCUUCCGCGGUAGACGUCACUCCCGCAGUAGACAUCACUACCUCAGUCCCCACUGAAACCACUCCACCAGUCGACAUCACUCCGUCAAUCGACACAAACAUCACUCAACCGGUCUACACAGAAAUCACUCCACCAAUCGACACACAAAUAGCUCCACCAGUCGACACUGAAACCACUCAACCAGUCGACACUGAAACCACUCCACCAGUCACCAUUGACCUCACACUCGAGCCUUGUAUCGAAGGUCACAAUAACAGUGGGAUUAAAGCGAGAAAUAAGAGAGACACUCGCGUUGUCAGCCGUUCAUUGUCAUCGAAAUCAAUUGAAUCAAAGCGGUUUACUUCUGCUCCUGUAAAUGUGGUUGAGUCACAACCCACUACCACAGAAGAGUUAAGGCCAGCAAUCCUAUUGAGAAGGGUGCCAUCUCUACCAACAGACACACAAGCCAAUACGGCAGUAAUGCCAUUGAUUGGUGUGAGACCUCCACCGGAUCAUUUGAAGCAACCUGCAACCACCGACCAAAUCGAAUUGCUUAAGCAGCAAGUGCAAUAUUUACUGAAUCGGAUAUGCUUCAGUUAUUUGGCUGAUGAGGCUUGUACUAAAAAUACCUGUCGAAAGAAUCACAAGUUGCCGACUGCGGACGAGGUACUCAAGAAGCUGAAAUUUUUCCCCACCGAAACCGUACUGACCCUGUACUCGUCGUUUAUUGUGAGAGUUCGAAUGGCGUUCAUCAAUUACUUUCCGACCGUGUGCGAGAUAUUCAGCAUUCGGAAAUUGAAGUCCGAAUUGAUAGUCGCCGUUGAGCAUUGUGACCAGCACAAUAAGAAGUCGUUUUACAGUCAUAUUUAUCGUGCUUGCAUUCGGCUGGGUAUGCCAAAGGUGGAGGCUUUGUCCGAGAUCGCUAAAGGGAGUUGUAAAAGUACGAUUUCUUGCACAUACAUCUUGAAUAUCAUCGUCCGCGAGGAUCCGGAGUUGUUUCAACAAAUGCUGCAAGACUUCUAUCCACUCGCGAAUAUCGAUUCGCGGCAUAUUUUGUCGCUGUUGAGUCGCCUGUCCGAGAAUCCACAACCAAAAUUGCUGAACAUUUUGGUUGAUAUGUUCAACAAAUAUUCCUGGGCCGAUAUCAACGAUAUUGGCCUGUACAAAAUGAUUUAUCACGAAAUCCAGUCACUAGCCAGUAACAAUCCGCCAUUGGUGCUAAGAUUGAAGUCUAUCGCAACGCGUGACAAACGACUGGAUUCCGAAUAAUUAUAAGUUUCAAAAAUGUUUUCCGUACACUCGGGAUUUUGUAUCAGGCACUCAAUUUUGCUUUACGCAAAA